CGGACCACCAAUCACUCUCUCUGUCUCUCUCUCUCUCUCUCUCAGCACUCUCGUCUUCAACACGCUUCUAGCCGGCUCAGUGGACUCUCGCCGGCGAUUCUAGAAUCUUUCAAACCCUUGUUUCUCUGCAACUCGAAGCCCUUUCGAACCCUCAUUCUCUGCAGUUUCAACAAUUUACUUCACGUUCUCGCGGUUCUGCUGAGUGAAAAGAGUAUAAUUUGUGCUCGUUCUUCAAUCUCUGCAACUCGAAGACCUUUCAAACCCUAAUUCUCUGCAGUUUCGUCGAAUUCCUACCGUUUGCGUCACGUUCUUGCGGCUCUGCUGAGUGAGAAGAGUCUAAUCUGUGCUCGUAAACAACUUCUUCGAAUUCUUGAAUCUCUGCAAGUCGAAACCCUUUCAAAACCCUAAUUCUUUGCAGUUUCUUCGGAGUGAAGACUAAUCUGUGUCUUUAACCAACGUGUUCGUGUUUUUGAAUCUCUGCAACUGAUUUUAUCUGCUGUUUGUUGGUGAAUUUUCACCCCAAAAAAAAAAAAAAAAAAUCAACUCUCACCGGAAAAUUCAUCGGCUUCGAUCCAUUGAAUUGAAAUAUUAAUAUCUUCACACUACCGGACUGAUACGGGUUUCAAUUCCAUCGAAAUCGAACCACUACGUUCUAUUCUACUUCUUGAAGUUGUUUCAAGAAGUUAUAUCUAUAUCCAUGGCGGAUUCAGAUAACGAAUCAGGAGGACACAACAACUCGAACAGCGAGCUAUCACCGAGGGAACAAGACAGGUUCCUUCCGAUCGCGAACGUGAGUCGAAUCAUGAAAAAGGCUUUACCAGCGAACGCCAAGAUCUCCAAGGACGCCAAGGAAACAGUUCAAGAGUGCGUCUCAGAGUUCAUCAGCUUCAUCACCGGCGAAGCCUCCGACAAAUGUCAGAGAGAGAAGCGGAAGACGAUCAACGGCGACGAUUUGCUCUGGGCCAUGACGACGCUAGGGUUUGAAGAAUACGUCGAGCCAUUGAAGGUGUAUUUGCUGAGGUUCAGAGAUAUGGAAGGAGAGAAGACUGCCAUGGCCGGACGUCAAGGCGGCGAUAGUGGCGGAGACGGCGGCGGCGGUGUUAGUGGCAGUGUGGUAAAUUACGGUAACAGUGGGGUUGGAUUUGGUGAGGGAGGGUUGUAUGGAGGGAUGGCUUCAAAUGCGAUGAUGAUGGGUCAUCAGCAUCAUCAAGGACACGUGUACGGAGGAUCGGGUGGUUAUCAUCAUCAAAUGGGUAGUGGUGGUGGGCAUAAGAUCGGAUCGGGUUAUCCCGGAUCCGGGUCUUCUGAUGGGAGAUCUAGGUAGCUUCUCAAAAUACCACUUUUUGGUAUUUUUGAAAAGUUUUGAGAAAAAGAAUGUUAUAUGAUUUUUCAUUUGCUUUUUAUUUUUUUUCUGUUGAAAUUUUGGAUUAGAAAGAGAAAAUAGUGGGGUAGGUUUGUUUGUCUAGGAAAAGUUUAAAGACGUGUGGGGUAGGGUAGGUUGUGAUUGAUUUUUUUGUGGGUUAAAUAUAUUGAAAAAUGCAUAGUUGGAUUGUGUUUAUUUUUAACAUAUACAUAUUAUAGUAUA